AUGAACAGAAAGAAGCUUUCUGGAGAAAGCCUUCCAGUCUCCUGCAUAAUUACUGGCCGUCGUCUGAGUGCGGUCAUUACUGGUCGUCAGGGACGGAGACGAAUCAUCCAGCCUCGACUACCUUCCCACGCCACCCACCGACUACCUCCCCACGCCACCCACCGACUACCACCCCACGCCACCCACCGACUACCUCCCCACGCCAGCCACCGACUACCACCCCACGCCACCCACCGACUACCACCCCACGCCACCCACCGACUACCUACCCCCCACGCCACCCACCGACUACCUCCCCACGCCACCCUCCCACGCCGACUACCACCCCACGCCACCCACCGACUACCUCCCCACGCCGGCCUCGACUACCUCCCCACGCCACCCACCGACUACCUCCCCACGCCACCCACCGACUACCUCCCCACGCCACCCACCGACUACCACCCCACGCCACCCACCGACUACCACCCCACGCCACCCACCGACUACCUCCCCACGCCACCCACCGACUACCUCCCCACGCCGGCCUCGACUACCUCCCCACGCCACCCACCGACUACCUCCCCACGCCACCCACCGACUACCUCCCCACGCCACCCACCGACUACCUCCCCACGCCACCCACCGACUACCUCCCCACGCCACCCACCGACUACCACCCCACGCCACCCACCGACUACCUCCCCACGCCACCCACCGACUACCUCCCCACGCCAGCCACCGACUACCUCCCCACGCCACCCACCGACUACCACCCCACGCCACCCACCGACUACCACCCCACGCCAGCCACCGACUACCUCCCCACGCCACCCACCGACUACCACCCCACGCCACCCACCGACUACCUCCCCACGCCACCCACCGACUACCUCCCCACGCCACCCACCGACUACCACCCCACGCCGGCCUCGACUACCUCCCCACGCCACCCACCGACUACCUCCCCACGCCACCCACCGACUACCUCCCCACGCCACCCACCGACUACCUCCCCACGCCGGCCUCGACUACCUCCCCACGCCAGCCACCGACUACCUCCCCACGCCACCCACCGACUACCUCCCCACGCCACCCACCGACUACCUCCCCACGCCACCCACCGACUACCUCCCCACGCCACCCACCGACUACCUCCCCACGCCACCCACCGACUACCUCCCCACGCCACCCACCGACUACCUCCCCACGCCACCCACCGACUACCUCCCCACGCCACCCACCGACUACCUCCCCACGCCACCCACCGACUACCACCCCACGCCACCCACCGACUACCACCCCACGCCAGGCAUUGGGCUCCGCAAACAAUUUGCACUCUUUAACCAGUUAGAAUUUACCAGGCAUAAUUAA